CAGAACACAGCGCGCGCAGUCACCCUGCGUAAUGUCGCUUGCGUCUGGUCGAGGGCUCUCUGAAUGACAGAAGGGACGCGAAUACAAUGUGUUUGUGGCGGGGAAAUUACAUCAUGCCGAACUUAGUCACUCAUCACCAGGGACGUCAUUAUUGAUGGGAUAUUGAAGACGGGAUGCAGCGGUUGGCGUGCGCUCGGGUCCUGCUGCAGGGCCGUCCCGUGCAGAUGCUGGCUCCCGCGGCCCACGGCUGCUGGACGGGCCUGCGCUGCGGUCCGCGGGGGAUCAGCGGCAGAGAGCCUCCGGGACAGGAGGAUCCGGACCCUCUGCAGGACAGGUCUAUCGGCCUCAUUCAGAGAUUCAAGAAAACCUUUAAGCAGUACGGCAAAGUCAUGAUCCCCGUGCACCUGCUGACCUCUACUCUGUGGUUCGGCACCUUCUACUACGCUGCCAUGAAAGGAGUCAAUUUGGUGCCAUUUCUUGAGUAUGUCGGGUUUCCUGACAAGGUGGUGAAACUCCUGGAGAACUCACAGAGCGGCUACGCACUGACCGCUUACGCCAUGUACAAGAUCGCCACACCCGCGCGCUACACCGUGACCCUCGGGGGAACGUCUCUGUCCGUCAAGUACCUGAGGAAGCACGGGCACAUGUCCACCCCUCCGCCCGUGAAGGAGUACCUGCAGGAGAAGAUGGAGGAGACCAAAGAGAGGAUCUCCGGGAAGAUGGAGGAGACCAAGGAUCGUAUAUCUGAGAGGAUGGAGGAAACGAAAGACAAGUUCACCGAAAAACUUCAAGAAACCAAAGACAAAGUGUCUUUCCGAAAAAAGAAGGAAUAGGUUUAUAGACUUACGAAAGGUCACAGAGUGUCUCUCUCUCUCUCUCUCUCUCUCUCUCUGUCCGUAAUGUCAUGAAGAUUUGUGUUAUUUAAUGAUAUAAUACACUUAAGGAAAGCAAUGUGUCUUAAGCAUAUGCAGUAAAAUGUAGUACGUAGGCUGUAAGCUCUAUACUUACCCUUCACAGAAUUAUGACCUUAGAUUUGGAUAUAACAUUUGGAUUCUACUUGAAGUGUUUUAUAAUGGACGAGAACGAGAGUAUGUAUGUUUUCUAAAGAGAACAGCAGCUGUGAGGUGUCCAACGUCACAUAGGUAAUACUUCUUAUAACAACAUAGCACUGCCUCUUUCAGUUAUGUCAUUCAAAUUAAAGAGUUAUCUAAUACGCCGCAUGCAUUACUGAAAAAGAAAUGGUCAUGUUAUGUUGAACUCGGUAUUAUGCAAAAUGGUGUUGGUCAGUCAGAAGCUGUAAGUGUACGUUAAGAUGCAGCGCAGCACUGGAGAAAUAAUAGACAUAUUCACCAACAGUGCUAUCGCUCAUUCUGCAAGUCGUCAACAGUCUUCACGCUUUUUUUCCCGUUCGGUACAAUCCUGCCAUAUUUGUGAGCUCACUUUCUGCUCUUCAUGUCUUUGGGUUGUCACGUGUUUGCCUAAUAACUAACGAAGGUGAUUAUUCAAAAGUAAAAGUGUCUGCAGGUGAAGCACUGGUGGGACUGCGAGGCCUUUUUUUGUUGUCUGUUGAAGGAUCUUCCACUUGGCUGUCAACAAGAAUAAAAAGAUAAGAUCUCGUCUUA